GUGACUGAUGUCUCGUGGGCCACGUUAAGCGAAGUGACAUUGUAAAAAACUGUGCAGACUCACUCAGCUCUUGUAGUUAAUGACAAAUCCGGGGGGUUAUGCAUUAAUUGUGUGUUCUCUUACCUUUGCGCUAAGAAUCGGGGUAACGCACACACAGAGUGUUUAACAUCACAGGUGUGCAAGAUGGACCACGGGACCAGCACGUUGCGGAGAAGAAUGGUCGACAUCGACGGGGGAAUUGAGAAGGACGAGAGCGAACUGGAGUGGUUGUUGGAAAACUUGAGAAAGAAUGACCAGCUCACCGACCACAUGGUGAACGUUGUGGAGUCGUUCGAGAGGCGCCUGUUGAAGCUGGAGAACGCCAUCAUGCCCGUCUACCGGGAGACAGAGGCGCUGAAGCAGCUCCAGAAAGCGACCGAGAUGACCCUGUCCUCCAUCGACCACAUAAUCGCACACUACCACGUGGCCAGCGAGACCCAGCAAUUCAUUAAGGAGGGAGCCGCCGCCCGCCUGGAGGAGUUCCUGGCCGUGCUGGAGCGGCUCCAUGGAGCCGCGCGGUUCUUCUCCGUCAGUCACCCCGGCAGCGUGGAGCUCAGCCAAGUGCGCGGCCUGCUGGAGCGAGGGAGCGCCGCCCUCGAGGUGGAGUUCGUCAGCGUCCUGAGUCGCCGGAGCAACCCCGUGCCCCCCGGAUUGACCGCGGAGCUCGCGGAGGCGGAUGGCGAUUGGUGGACGCGGGAGGACAGCGAGGGGGCACGUCGCGUGGAGCACCUCCCGGAGGGGGCCGCGCGCGAGCUCGCGCGCAUCGCCUCCUGGCUCGGGACUCACAGUGACAGCCUCGAGUUUUUGAAGAGUUACCAGCAGAUCCGUUCCCGGGUGCUUCUGCGCUCCAUGUCGGAACUCCGCGAGCACCACCAAAAGCUCGGCGUGAGGUUGGCCCGGCCGCUCACGGCGCCGCUCCUCUCGGCACGCAAACCCAACAAGAAGAUCGGCUCUAUGAUUGUGCUCCCGAGUGUGCAACGCUUGCAGUCAUUAUCCAAGUCUGAUCGUCGGAAGAGCAUCAGUGAUUUAACUUCCGUUGAAGCUAUGGAAGACAGCCUAGAGUUGGACGCACAGCUUUACCUGCCGUGCAUCCCUGGUUUCCUGAAGCUGGCAAUGAGCGAGUUUCACCUGCUGGAACAAAUCCUACCCACUCAUCACCACGCAACGGCUUUCGAGAAGCUUCUGUGGGAUGCGAUGGACAAGCUGAUUACGGACGCGGAGAAGAUUGCUUCGUCUGCCAAGCGAGCGGCGGAGAGGAGGAACUUCUUUGUCAUCUCCCCGCUCUUCGCCGUCAUCCGCCGCUUGAAGAGCUGCCAGCGCGGGUUCAACAUCGUCCUGCAGAUCACAUCCUCGGCCAUCAAGGACAGAGUUCCGUUGCUCAUUAGCAACAUGGAGGCUGCUGGAUUUGGUCUGCUCGAGGGAUUCACUUCGUACAUAAAGAGUGGAUCCGGGAAGGAUUACACGGUUCCCAAGGAUGGCACAGUGCACGAGCUUUCCUCCGCCGUCAUACUGUUCCUACGAGAAGUCCUGGAUUUCCAAGAGAUAGCCGGAGGCAUCCUCAGUUCCCAGGGCUACCAACACUCAAGCUUGGAGAAGAACGUCGGCGCCGCUGAAAAGGAGCAAAUCUGCCUAAGCGCCUACAUUUGCUCGGCUCGCAGCCGCGUGGAGCGCGCCCUGGCGGCCAUGGCGCACGUGUACGAGGACUCGGCCCUGGGCGCCGUCUUCCUCAUCAACAACUACAACUACCUGCGCUGCUCCCUGCGCAGUUUUGGUUUGCUGCCGCUGAUCGAGUUGACUGAGGCGGGGACUGAUGGAGCGUACGAGGGUUUAAUCGAGGAGCAGAUCGUGGUUUACAAGAAGAGUUGGAGGAAACUUCUGGAUCACAUCACGGUCAGCGGGCUCCCCUCAUUGGAACCCGGGUCCAAGAUAAAGUCGAAGGAGAGGAAAAUGAUCAAAGACAAGCUUAGUGCGUUCAACAAUGGCCUGGAAGAGCUGUGCAAAGUGCAGAGAACUUGGGCCAUCCCCGAUCGUGACCUGAGAGCGAAACUCUACGGCGAGGGCAAACCCGGAGUCGUUGCCGCCUACGGCAGCUUCCUCGAGAGAUUCGCAAGUGUCUCCUUCUCCAAGAAUCCCAGCAAGUACAUCAGAUACUCGGUGGAGCAGGUGGCAGGGCUGCUGGACGGGCGGUUCGACGCCACAGCCUGACCACCUCCCUCAGGAGAAGCCGCAACAACGUCACGUGGCACGCAGCGUCCGUAAUCGUUAUACCGUCAUUAGGGCUGUCAUGGAUAUGGCAAUGCUGCAAUAUAUCGAUACGAUACGAUCCACGGUAUCGCCUAAUGUGUUGUUAAAUAUUCCACUGGCUGACAUUAGCUUCGUUGUUGUUGCCGUACUUUGUUGUUGUUGUUCUACUCUUAGGUUUUUUUGGUAAAGUCACGUAGGUAAAAAAUUUAAUUAAAAUUAAUUAAAGUAAUAAUAGAAAUAAAAUGAUAAAAAAAUCACGACGUUUCGGAGGCAACACAAGUCUCCGUCAUCAGGUGGGACCGUCACAGCUAGAUUUGUUGUUCUACUUGGUCGCUUUUGUAAUUUUUGAUGACUCGGGUCGCCCUUGCAAAUGAGAUUCAUCCUUUGCCUCUUGAGUCAAAUAAAACGAACUUUAAAAGAUGUCAGAAUUACUAAAAAAAGUGAAUAGUUAAAGUUGUUAAUAAAUAUCAAUUGUCAAUUAACUUGAUGCAGGAGCCAUCAUUAGCAUGACGACGAUUGCUUGUGUUGCAAUCGAAACGUCGUAUUCUAUUAUUUCAUUUAUUUUCUUUCUCCGUGACUUUACCGAAAAAAAUCAAAGAGUAAUUCCUGCAGCCACGAAAGCUUCAAAUUAAGUAUUAGCAUGGCAAUUAUAUAAUUAAAGUUUAGUAGUAAAUUUAAUUACUUUACGAUGCUUAAAUGGAAGCGUGAUCGGUACAAUUGCGCUGAUUAUAAUACAAGUGGCAGGGAUGUGUUGAGUGAACUUUAGUUGACAAACGUUUAAUUAAUUCUUAAUUGUACUGGAGGUACACAGAAAAUCACAGAAAAAUACAACAGGAUUUGAAAUACUAUUACGAAAAAUCGUGGACUGAUUUAUAGAAUCAUACCCAGAAAUUGGAGAUGGUGUCCUAUUCUAGACAUUUGUUGUUUUCAUGGCGACCUUCAUAACAACAACAACAAUGCACACAGCACAUGGUCAAUCAAGGAACGGGUGAAGGCUUCCUCAGACUGUCAUGGGAAUGACCAUAACCCAAGACCAUUGAGCUUCGGAGCAUAUUUGCACUGUCAUUAACGAAACGCAAUUGCCAAUUACUCGAUACCGCAGGCGUGUGUUUGUAAAAGACAUGAUUGAAGUGAUUUAUCACAAAAAAAACUGAUCGCUCUUUUUGCACAAACAAAUAAACGUGUUUGCACGAA